AGGUUCCUCCGCAUUCCUGCAGCGCUCACACAAACAGGCCCAGUGCUGGAGGAAGCUCAUGAGGCUGGAGCUCUGACGGGUUCUGCUCAUAGGACCGGAGAACCUCAGAACCUCCUCGCACAUCCACGCCCAGCCAGUCCCACCAUGAGCGAGGCCGGCGGUGAAGAAGGUGGAGCUGCUGGAGACGCUGCAGGAGCAGAAAAGGUUCUGAGCAAACUGAGCGCCGCCUCCAUCGGACCGGGCUGGACCAAAGUCCGGUGUCCCUGCUGCCUCUCGGACCGGGUCGAGCCGCUGGUUCUGGUGAAGCUCGGCGGGAAGGUCGGACCGGAGACGAAGCGGUGGAUCAUCAAACUGAUCGGAACUCCGCAGAAGGAUGGAGGUGCUGGUUUAUUGGCGCACCCCGGCGAAGACGCCAGCGGUGACAUCAUCGUGGUCUCGGCGCCACGCUGUACGUUACUUCGAGCCACCGAGGAGUUGGGUCUUUGCAAGACUUACCACAACGGGGACAUGGAGGCGUUUUCCUACAAUGACAGAGAAAACUUUAAAGAUUCAGACAACAUGGAGAAGUUUCUGACGCUGGCCGAGCGGCAGUACAUGGUGAAGUACGAGCUGGACGGCCUUCGGGCUCAGAGGGAUCUGAGGAUUCCGGGCCUCCCCGACAGCAGCACUCUGCACAACCGAGACAACAUCUGGCAGAAGCUCAGCUCAGCCGGGGUGAUUGUGGACACGUUUCCUCUCCACGAGCCGGACAAACUGAAGAACCUGAGCGAAGCCUGGUACUCUGGAAAUCAGCUGGCUCAGCCGCUGGAUUCAGUCAAUGAGUACUUUGGAAGCUCUGUGGCGUUCUACUUCAGCUUCCUUGAUUUCUACACCUGGUCUCUGCUCCCACCGGCGCUACUGGGUUUGACCAUCACCUACUUCUCAGGUGAGGUUCAGAAGGAGAUGGUGGAGUCGGUGUCGGGCUCCCAGGCGACGGCCAUCGAAGGCGACCCGGAGCCGGCGGUCAGCGGCCACAUGCUGCAGGCCGUCUUCAGCAUGCUCUGGUCCACGGUGGUGAUGGAGCUGUGGAAGCGCCGGAGCUCCUCGCUGUCGUACCGCUGGGGGACGCUGCACCUCGCCGAGCGCUUCGCCGAGCCCCGGCCCGGUUUCCACGGUGACCUCGGGGUCAACCCUGUGACGGGUCGGGUGGAGCCGCUGUUCCCCGAAUGGCAGCGGGACCUCCGCAUGGCGCUGGUGUCCGUCCCCGUGGUCGGCCUGUUUCUAGGACUGGUGGUACUGGGCAUGCUGUGUUUCUACUGGGCAGAAGCCCAAGUUCAGCAGCUGCACAAAGACUGGGAGUCCCUGCUGACUCAGACUUUGCUCUUCAUGCCCUCAGUGCUUCACAUCGUCUACACAAACGUACUCGCGACUGUCUACAAGACGGUGGCACAGUCUCUGACUGAAUAUGAGAACCACAGAGAGGAGUCGGCCUUCCAGAACCAUCUGACAGCCAAAGUCUUGGUGUUCACCUUCUUCAACUACUUCGCGGUGCUCUUCCACAUUGCCUUCUUCAAGCAGGACGUGCCUCUGCUUCGUAAGCGUUUGGCGUCUCUGCUGAUCGUGACCCAGCUGAUAAACCAGGUGACGGAGGUGGUCAUUCCGUUCCUGGUGGACCGGUUCAUCAGCGCCCCCCACAGGGCCGAGAGUGAAGACGACCCACAGGAGGAAAAGUUCAGGAACCAGAGCACCCUGCCUGCUUUUCCUGGCCUGUUUGCAGAGUACAUCGAGCUCCUGGUGCAGUUCGGCUAUCUGAGCCUCUUCUCCUGCGUGUUUCCUCUGACCGCCGUGCUGCUGCUCCUCAACAACCUCACCGAGAUCCGAUCCGACGCCUACAAGAUCUGCAAACUCUUCCGCAAACCCUUCUCGGCGCCGGUGGCCAACAUGGGCGUCUGGCAGAUUGCCUUCGAGGUCCUGAGUUUCGUCUCCGUCGUGUCCAACUGCUGGCUGCUGCUGCUGUCGCCGCGGUUACAAGAGCUGUUUCAGGAGGGCGGGAUGAGCAGCACAAACGUUCUGCUGUUGGCUGUCUUGGUGGAG